AUUAAAUAUCUAUGCUAAUGUUAUGGUAUACGGUAGGUAAGAGAGGAUUAGAAAACUUUAACCUAAAGGCCGGAUAAGAAAAAGGCAUAAGGCUUAUACAAGAAACUAUAUUUAUAUAUAUAGUAGUUUAGCAUAUCAAGCUUACUAUAUACAUUUAAAUUCAUAAUUUGGCUAUAUAGAAAUAUAUAUUUUUAUAUUUGAAUAUGGGUAGGGGAAAGGUGGAACUGAAGAGGAUUGAAAACAAGAUAAAUCGACAAGUGACCUUUGCUAAAAGAAGGAAUGGUUUGCUGAAGAAGGCUUAUGAGCUCUCCGUUUUAUGUGAUGCUGAGGUUGCUCUAAUAAUCUUUUCUGCUCGAGGCAAACUCUUUGAGUUUUGCAGCGGCCCUAGCAUCACCAAGACACUUGAGAGGUAUGAAAAAUGCUGCUAUGCAGAACAGGAAAGCAAACUACUAUCAGGAAAGGACAUAGAGUGGUCAUUAUCAUACAUACAGAGUACCUAUCAAGAGUAUCUAAAGCUGAAAGAAAAAGUUGAACACCUUCGACGUACACAGAGGAAUAUUCUCGGGGAGGAUUUGGAGCAUUUGGGACUGAAUGAAAUUCAACAGCUUGAGCAAAAAUUGGACAUGUCAUUGAAGAAAAUAAGAUCAACUAAGAAUGAGCAUAUGAUUGAUGAAUUUUCUCAUCUUCGAGGGCAGGAAGAAAUGUUGAUGGAAGAAAACAACAAUUUAAAAAAUAAGUUGGAGGAAAUUUGUGGAUUGUUUGGUAAACAAGGUGAUGAUCAUGGGCAGCACAAUGUUUCAUAUACCCACCAAUCAGCUGAGCAAGUGCAACUCAAUUUAGAGCCUUUGCGACACAAUAAUACUACUAUUGCAUUGCAGAUCGGUAGCUACGAUGGUACUGCUAAUUCAAGAAUGAUGAGUGGUCGUAGAGAAAAUGUGGGUGCAGCCCCUUCAAUGAAAAAUUUGAUGGCUUUCAAUUCAGAAGACCACGAAUGUUUUGAUCUUUAGGCCCUUACCGAUGGAGCUAGCAUUACUUUUUAUAUACUAUCCGUUUCAUGUCUUCUUAAUUAAUAUUAUGUAUUGUUCGUAAAAGAGAGCACAGCUAUCUUUAGCUACUCAUUGAGAAUUACAUAUAUGUUAAAAGAUUUAAAUAUUAUUAUACAAUAUAUAUGCAUUUAUUUAUGUUA